CACCCGACAGCGGCAGCAGCAGGAGGAGGAGGAGGAGAUUCACAUCCUUCAUGAUUCUGCAUUAAACCGCACUCUAUAUCAACAAACCCGGGGCCUUUACCGAUCCAACACCACACACUCGACCAUGGACAAUUCCGGCAAAGAGAAGGAGGCCAUGCAGCUGAUGGCAGAGGCGGACAAAAAAGUCAAAUCCUCGGGUUCAUUUCUCGGAGGGAUGUUCGGGGGGAAUCACAAGGUGGAGGAUGCAUGUGAAAUGUAUGCCAGAGCUGCCAACAUGUUCAAGAUGGCCAAAAACUGGAGUGCUGCGGGCAAUGCUUUCUGCCAAGCGGCAAGACUUCACAUGCAGAUGCAGAAUAAACUGGACUCGGCCACCAGCUUUGUUGAUGCUGGAAAUGCUUAUAAGAAAGCAGAUCCUCAAGAGGCCAUCAACUGUUUAAACGCAGCCAUCGAUAUUUAUACAGACAUGGGAAGGUUCACCAUCGCUGCAAAGCAUCACAUGACUAUUGCAGAGAUCUAUGAAUCCGAGCUAGUGGAUAUUGAAAAGGCCAUUGCUCAUUUCGAACAAGCCGCAGACUACUAUAAAGGUGAAGAGUCAAACAGCUCUGCUAAUAAGUGUCUGCUGAAGGUGGGCUCGUACAGCGCUCAGCUGGAGCAAUACCCCAAAGCCAUCGAGAUCUUUGAGCAGGUUGCGUCCAACACAAUGGAUAAUCCUCUGCUGAAAUACAACGCUAAAGAGUACUUCUGGAAAGCAGCUCUGUGCCACUUCAUCGUGGAUGAAUUAAACGCAAAGCUUGCAAUUGAGAAAUAUGAAGGGAUGUUUCCAGCAUUCUCUGAUUCAAGAGAAUGCAAGCUGUUGAAAAAACUAUUGGAGGCUCAUGAGGAACAGAACAGCGAGGCGUUCACUGAAGCUGUGAAGGAGUUUGACUCGAUCUCUCGUCUGGACCAAUGGCAGACCACCAUGUUGCUGCGUAUCAAGAAAACCAUCCAGGGAGAUUCUGGAGACCUGAAGUGAGGCGUCCUGAAACAAUACUGUGGCUUCAUAUGUUGUUUAAUUUCUUACCUUAUCGUAUGUGUGUGAGUGUGUGUGUGACAAUCUGGUUGAACAUUUCUGUAGUGAAACUACACUGUAAAACAUGUGUGUUGAUGAACGGUUUGCGUAUUUUGUGAUGUUUACCGUUUAUUUACGAUUGUGAAUUGCAUUAUGGGAUGUUGAUCACUGCUCUGUCGACUUUUGAUGUUGAAAAUUCAACUCUACAGCUUAAAAAAAAGACUUUUAUUGACAUUUUAGUAGUUUGAAAUAAUAUAAUGUAUAAGAAAUAAUAUAUAGAGAGACAAUUCUGUGAAAUAACAGGCUAAUAAAUGUACUGGCAGUUUAUUACAAGGUUUAAAAAUGUUGGGUUAUUUAUUUAACUCAAUGGUUGAGUUAAAAAUAUUUAGUGCUUUAUUGGAUUAUUUUUAACCUUUAUUGGUUUAUUUAUUAAUAACUCGACCCAUUGGGUUAAAUAUUUGGUGCUUUGUUGGGUUAUUUUUAGCCUUUGUUUGGUUCUUUAUUUAAUAACUUAACCAGUUGGGUUAAAAAUUUUGAAUUUAAACAGUCAACUGAUUUAACUGACCCAGAACAGUUGUAAUAAAUGCGUAUUAAAAAGUAAUGUUGUUUUGCUGUGUAAUGUUUAUUUAAGGUCUAACCAGGGGCGGAUUUAAUCAAUAAGUAAGGUAAGCGGCCACUUAGGGCCCUAAUAAAUAUCUUGAAGUAUAAAUUAUACAUAUAAACUAUAUUAAACAUAGUUUUCUACCAUUUUAAUGUAAUUAAAUAUCAUUUAAUAUAUAUAUAUAUAUUUAUAAUAAUGUCAUUUUAUGUGCUCACUUAAAACUUAAAAAUUAACCCUACAGGUAAUCAAUGAUGGGUCAUUUUGCCAGCAACUGACCUGCUGUUGGGUUAUUUUUAACCCAAUCCAUUGAAUUGUUAAGGUUAAUCCAACAAUUUGGAUUACAAAAAUAACUAAUUUGUUGGGUCACUAUAUGAUAAAUUAUUAUUAUUGGGUUGGUGUCUCCGCUGGGUCCUAAAGGCAAGAAUGACGGCCAAAUAUCUCAAAUGUGUGUAUCAUUUCCUCCAAACAAACUGUAGAAAUGAACACGGAGGUGGAGAAAGUGUUUUUAUUCAUAUAUAGAUCGGCUAUGAAGCGUGCAUUUGUUUCAUCAAAUUAAGAUUGCUGGUGAAACGGAUAGAAAAAACACGACACAGAGAGGUAAUUUGAUUAAAAAAAUAAAAAACAUUUUUUAUUGUGAUAGACCCAGGAGCGGAUUUUGUGAUUUUGGAGCCCUAAGCAAUUCCAGCCAUAGUCCUGAAAUGCACCCUUUCUACUUUUAUCAAAUAUUUACUUAUAUUGCUUUUUUUUUUUAAUCCCUCAAUCUUCUUUUCGACAUUCUAAAUUAAUGCAAGCUCUACAUUUUAAAUGAUUAGCUUUCCUAAAAUGAAUCUACAACUAAAAUUAUACAUAUAUU